CACAAUAUUUAUCGUGGUACAGAAGAAGUAAUAGAUUAAUGUCAAUUUUUGAAUCAGAAACUCACACCAGUAACAAUUAGUUAAUUAGAAUGAGCAAACAUCUCUUAAUUGUUACAAUGAUUAAUUUUAUGUAUUGUAGUCCAAACAUGGGGCAGAAAUAGCUUCCUUAAGUUCAGUCUUUUGGGAUAAGAGGAAAAAUUAUUGAUAAAUCCACAUGAAGAAUUUAACACAUUUGUCGAUCCUGCAGCCCCAGUAAAGAGAGGUGUACAAUGGAAACACAGGGUCAAGAUGGGGCUCCUACAUGUUGGCAACAAUCUUUGAACAUGUUUUCAGUACAGGUUCUCAUUGGGAACGUGGAGUCAAUGAAACUACACCGUAGGAAUAGAAAAUUUUGCUUUCUGUAGUGAUACCUUUCCCAGAGGGUGAAGGCUAUAAAUCAAAGUGUGGAUGAGCAUGUUGCUGAGAGUUGUUCCUUGCCAGUUACCAACAGCAUAAGACCAUAAGACAUAGGAACAGAAUUAGGCCAUUCAGCCCAUCAAGUCUGCUCUGCCAUUCCAUCAUGGCUGAUCCCGGAUCCAUUCAACCCCAUACACCUGCUCUCUUGCCAUGUCCUUUGAUGCCCUGACCAAUCACGAAGCUAUCAACUUUAAAUAUACCGCAGACUUGACCUCCACUGCAGCCUGUGGCAGAGCAUUACACAGAUUCACUACUCCCUGGCUAAAAAAAUUCCUCCUUACCUCUGUUCUAAAAGAUCGCCCCUCAAUUUUGAGGCUCUGCCCUUUAGUUCUGAAUACCCCCACCAUUGGAAACAUCUUCUCCAGAUGCACCCUAUCUGGUCCUUUCAACAUUCGGUAGGUUUCAAUAAGAUCUCCCCACAAUCUUCUAAAUGUCCUCGAGUACAGGCCCAAAGCUGCCAAACACUCCUCAUGUGUUAACCCGUUCAUUCCUGGAAUCAUCCUCUUGAACCUCCUCUGGUCUCUUUCUAAUGACAACACAUCCUUGCUGAUAUGUGGGGCCCAAAACUGUUGACAAUACUCCAAGUGCCUUAUAAAGCCUCAGCAUUAUCUCUGUGCUUUUAUAUUCUAUUCCUCUUGAAAUAAAUGCCAACUAUAGGAGUCCACAAGUUUCAGAUGGUGUCCAAUAGUGCGGCAUUUUGGACAUCUGAAGUCCUCGCUGUCCCUCAAUUCAGAACUCUGUAUCACUAGAACAUGGAGGUGCCCGGUGAUGGUCUUAUCUCAGCAGUUUAAUUGCGAUACUCAAAAUAAAAAUCAAAAUACUGAAGAUGCCAGAAAAGUAAAAUAGGAAUUGAAUAUUGCUGCCUGGCCUGCCGAAUUCCUACAACAUUUUGUGUGUGUUGCUAGGAAUUGAAUAUGCUGGAAGCACUUAGUAGGUUGGGCAAUAUCUAUGAGAAGAGAAACAGAGAUACCAAUUCUGUUCAAAGAUGCUUCACCAGAACGAGGAAAGUGGAAACAAAAGUGAGCUUUAAAGUGCUGAGAAACUAGAAGAAGAAUGGAUAGGACAAAGGGGAUAUCUUGAAUAGGAUAAUGCCUGAGCAAAUCUGGAACUGCCCCAUUAAAGGCAUCCCCUUUGUCCUAAACAUCUUCGCUAGUUUGAAGAAUGGAUAGGACUAAGGGGAUGUCUUGAAUAGAAUGAUGCCAGAGUAACCCUGGAUCUCCCCCAUCAGAUAUAGCCCCUUUGUCCUCUCCAUCCUUCCCUCACCUUCUCUGAAACUCAAAACCAAUUUGUUUUCUCUUCUUUCAUAGUUCUAAUGAAGGGUUUUUGAUCUUUGAAACAGGUAAUAUGUUUCUCUUUCCACAGAUGCUGCCAGACUUGUCAAUUUGUAAUGCCCUGGGGGAUUGAAAUGUUCUUAAUAACAGCAUAUUAUGAAUCCUUUCCUAAUGACCAAUAAUGUGAUUUGAUGUUUCAGGACUAAUCCUAUUUAUGUCUAUGGAAGAUUUCUGUUGGACAUGUGUCCACAGAGUAAGCACCAAUGAUCAGUAAUGAUUAUUCGUAUACUCUCUAAAUGUUAAAUUUUAAAAUUUUUAUUGAAAUACGGUGUGAAGUCGGCCCUUCCGGCCCUUCAAGCCGCUCCACCCAGCAACAUUCAACUUAACCCUAGCCUAGUCAGGGGACAAUUUACAAUGACCAAUUAACCUGCCAACCAGUAAGUCUUUGGACUCUAGGAGGAAACCGGAGCACCUGGAGGAAACCCAUGCGGUCACAGGAAGAAUUGCAAACUCCUUACAGCCAGUGCCAGGAUAUGAACCCUGGGACUGUAAAGCGUUGUGCUAACCUGUACGCUACCAUGCUGCCCCAUUUGAUAAGUCUAUGGUAGUUUUAGAUAAACAGCUCCGGAUUACGUUAUUCUAGUUAUUUAUGUGCGCUGGCGUUUGGACUGAAACUGCCAAGAGCAGUUAGAGAAAGAAAACAUUCACUUAACCUAUCUGAUUUGCAUUCUAAUACAGAAGGGAAAGUGCAAUCUAACACUGUAACAAGCAGGAAAGUGUGAAUUGAAUGCUGAUUAAACUUGAAGUUGAUGGGGGUGAUAAACUGACCUGUGGACAUGUAAAGUCCUUUAAGAAAUUAUCUUAUCAGUAACAUAUUAGCUAAAUUGAGAUAUAGCUGCUUUGCGAAGACACCCUAAUUGAAACUAGUUCGUAACUGUCCUAAUUAAUCCCUCAAUUACUUCAUAAUAUAUCCAAAUCUUGCAAAAUUAAGCUUUAUUCAUAAAUAUGCAAAUGGAAACCAAAAGGACCUGGCAGCAGCCACAUUUGUCCAAGCCUGGGGCGCUAUUACUGUCAAACAUUUUGCCAAAAAUCAAGAACAACAUCUUUGCUAUCAACUCCAGAAGGAAGGACGUGCAUAUGGAAAAUAUUGACACAUUAAAAAAUGCAGGUUGUGAUGUCUGAGCUUUUUUCUACUACACGUAAUUAUUGGAAAGAAUCAACAACCAGAAAUGACUUGUGGGGGAAGCAAACUGAGCCCAGAAUUCAUAGAUCAAAAGACUGUGAUGUUGGAACACCACGGACAAGCACACCUGGACAGGAGGAAUGGACUGCAAAUAAACUUCGUUUGUACCUGAAAACAAAAUAUCAUCUACUUUGGAGUCCUAUUACAUCUGAUUGUCAGUUGCCUUCCCUUGCAGACCUAUCCAUUGAGAAGAACGCAGGGCAGGUGCAGAGCUCCCACAAGCUCAUUGGCAAAGAGUUGCCGUCCUCUGACUCCAAUACAGCAAAUCUGUUGACUGAGGAGAAUACACAGCCUGUUGUUAAGCCCCAAUCACCUGUAUCUUUAUCCUCUGAAGGAAUGAGCUGGACGUAUCUAAAACCUUUAGGAGGAACGGAGCCAGAAAGCGGAGUGAUGAGUCAGUCAGGAGGAGAAGAUAAUAUUUCAGUGAACCCCGCAACACCUGAGGAUCUUAUUUCAGAUAAAAGUCUUUCUCCAAUUUCCCCGGAAACACAGAGUCAAGAUGCACCUUCCCUAGGAUCUGGGAGUCUUGAUGGAUGUCCUCCAGCAUCCCCAGAUUGCAGAAAGGAAUCUAGUCUACCAGAGCAAGCCAACAGCAGUAAACCAAUAGACAAGGAAGCACGUGAGCCUCAAGUAGAGUUUACCAACUUCCUCACUCCAUCAGCUGAGUACCUUGAGCAGAUUAUGGACAAUGUUCCGACCAACGUCCAGACUAAAACAGCAAGUGAGAAAAGCUUCCAGCAACAAGAGCCCGAUUCCAGUCUCCUUGCUCUCUCCGCUACCUUUGGGAUGCUUGUGGAUGAAGGUUUGCACCUACUCAAGAAAACCAUGGAUAAUGUCUAUUCCAGUAUGCAGUCUGGGAAUAGGCAGAUGCACAUAGACAUGGUUCACCUUCACAAUGUCAUACACAUGGGCUGGGUACAGCUGGCUGAACAGAUGAGCUCUCUAAUUAAUGUGCUCACUACACUUGUACAGAACCAGCAGGCCUCUUCUACCUUGUUACGUAAUGUAGCCCUUCAAAGUACCAUAGCAAUCUCUGAAAGGCAUUUCCCAGACUACCUCGGGUGCACAAAAAUCACUGAAGAACCACUGCAUCAAGCAUGCUGCCUUACAGAUGAAAAUUCGAGUAGUACUUCUAAAAAUCCAGUAGCCAAUCAUCCUCAAUCUGAAAGCUAUUAUAAUGAAAUGCCAUAAGUUAGCAUUUUUUCUCAAAUACACGUAUUCUGCACGGUGAUGUGGUGGUACUGUUUCUGAAUAGUAUGUACGUAUCGUAUGGUUUUACACAAUAAAACAUAAAAGCAUCUUUGCACAGCCACAAACACGAGGAAAUCUGCAGACGCUGGAAAUUCAAGCAACACACACGAACUGCUGAUGGA